CGUUAUUUUGCGGGAAAUCUGGGUGGGAAUUUAACGCAUCCAUCAUGUCUUGUACAUGUAUGUAUGAUGUACUACCAUUUACUAUCUAUAAAAGUUGAAAUUCUACGUUGUAGUGUAACUGUGUAAAUGUACCCUGGCACAUCCGAGGUAUGUGUAGAUGAAACCGCUUUUGAGAGGAGGUACUGAUAUACUCCGCCUGGGUGAAGAGAAGCACAUAGGGGCGAAGUGAUUUGCCCAGGAUCACAAUAUUAUUGGACCUCCUACAAUCAACAGAAGGGUGUAAAUUUUCAUCCGCCAAUCUGUCAAGAUGCCUCUGAAUAAACAACAGAUGAGGAUGGGUCACAGUGAAGGUCAUACUGAUGUCUGUUAUGAGGAGACGGGGAAACAUAUCCUGACAUGUGGGAGUGAUGGUGAUAUUCGAAUAUGGAAGAGUAUGGACGAUGAUGAUCCUGAGUCUGUUAGUGUUGGUGAUGUUGCUUAUGCUAUUGCAUUGAAGAACAACAGACUGUACACAGCCUCUGAAGCCAACACAAUUCAGGCUCAUACUUUUCCAGAGGGAAGCCCAGAUGGGAUUGUGACAAGAUUCACUGCACCUGUUACCCACUUCUGUUUGAGUCAAGAUGGUGAGAAGUUGCUAGCCGGUGCCAGUGAUUUCUCCAUGAAAUGCAUUGAUAUUGAGGGCACUAAUCAGAAAUCCUUCCAUGGCCACAAUGCACCUGUUCUCAGUGUGGCAAUAGAUCCUAAAAAUGAAUACAUUGCAUCUUCAAGCUGUGAUGGAACACUUAAAAUCUGGAACAUUGCAGAUCAAUCCUGGGAAAAAUCAGUGUCACUCAUACCAAAAUGCAGUGAUGUCAGCUUGUCAAAAACACUGUGCAGGUUGUCAUGGAAACCACAGUCAGGAGAGUUCCUAGCUGUUCCUAUUGAGAAGGAAGUGCAGAUUUAUGAGCGAGAUUCUUGGGAUGUAACCUUCACACUGACACCUCAAGAUGUGGGUGGGUUUGUGUCAUUAACUGCUUGGUCACCUUGUGGGCAAUUCUUGGCUUCAGCUAACACAGAUGGCAAUAUCUGUAUAUGGGACAUCAUUACCAAAAAGUGCAUUGACAGAACCAAACACAACAAGGGUCUGGCAAUAAGUGGCAUGGCUUGGAACCCUGCAAAUGGGAAUGAGAUAGCAUAUACUGAUGUCAUGGGACAAGUUGGUGUAUUAGAUAAUGUCAUACCGCCAGACAGAAAGACAGAAUUACAGGUACCUGUUUUCAAGCAGUCAGCUGAUUUAUUUGAUGAUGAUGCAGUUGAUGAAGAUUUUCUGGAUGCUAUCACUCAAGCAGAAGUUGAGAAUGCAUCAAAGAAACCAGUCAAUGAAGAAGAAGAUGGUGAUGAUGUCAUGCCAAUUAUGCAGCAUAAACGCAUCAUGCAAAUUCAAGAUGAUGACAAUUCAGUGGAUGGUAGUUCUCGUGCUGGUGAUGAUGGUGUCAGUAUUGCGUCAGGAGCUCUGGACAGUAUUGUCCCUCAACCUGCUUAUGAAGGGCUCAAACCCACACCAUUACAAAAACCAUUUAUCCCAGCUGCUACUCCAGUACAUCUAUCCAGUAGAUUCAUGAAGUGGAACUCUGUUGGAAUUAUCCGCUGUUACGAAACUGAAGAGGAAUCUUCCAUUGAUGUUGAAUUCCAUGACACAUCAGUCCAUCAUGCCAUGCAUUUUGACAAUCAGCUCAAUCGUACAAUGGCUGAUCUCUCAGCUGAAGCUGUACUACUCGGUAGUGAGAGCUCUGGAGAUGUGCAAAGUCAAGUGGUCUGUUAUCACUUUGCAUCAUGGGAUAACCAGAAGGAAUGGACAACAUCAAUGCCCAAGGGAGAAAACAUCAAGACACUGACCCUUGGUCAUGGAUGGCUGGCUGUAGCAACCGACAAACGUCUAGUGCGGCUGUUUAGUAUUGGUGGUAUGCAGCGAGAAGUUAUUGCCUUACCUGGCCCAGUAGUGUGCAUAGCUGGUCAUGGUAACCAACUCAUCAUUGUCUACCAUGCUGGGACAGGAGUUCCAGGUGAGCAGUGUUUAGGAGUCCAGUUACUACACGUAGGAGGGAGAAAGAAAUGUUGCAUUGUCUCGGGGGAUAGGUUACCAGUUAGUCCAAAGGCCACUCUGGUCUGGCUUGGAUGCCUGAACUGCGUUAAGGAUGUUCAGCUGAAUGGCUGUUUGACCCAGUCUUCAUUUUGGCUAAUGUUUCUACCCUACUUCACCUCCGUCACACCAGACUUCGGAUUGCUUUAUGGUUUUAGCUGUCUAGCUACCAAGAGUCGAUCAGAUCAUUUCUGGGUGGUUGGUUUGAAUGAAAAUCCUCAGCAACUACGAUGCAUCCAAUGCAAGGGAGCUCCCUUCCCACCAACCUUACCUAGACCUGCAGUUAUGAUCUUACCAUUCCAAAUACCUCUCUGUGAUCUAGACACUGAGAAAGGAAUCAUGGAGGAGGCUUACUGGAGGGCAGAUACUCUGAGUAAACACAUUAACUACAGUGUAUCACAGGGUUAUGAGAUUGAUGAGAUGUGUAAAGCACAGUCUGACAGAGAAAAACAAGACAAUAUCAUGAAGCUAUUUGCGCUAGCAUGUCGUACCGACAGAGAAUACCGUGCUGCUGAGAUCUGUCAGCUGAUGACAUCACAACAUGCUGUCAGCUUGGCAAUCAAAUAUGCCAGUAGGUCACGUAGGAUGGCUUUGGCAGAAAGACUUAACCAGCUAGCACAACAGAUGAUGGAAGAAGUAAUGGCUGCCGAUGAAAUGGAAGAGGAAGAAGAGGAGCAUGAUGGGUAUUAUGCAAAUACAACCAAUUCAGUUGGGAGAGGUAAGAACUCAGUAGAACGGUCAACGCUGUCUCAGUCAAGAGUUCUAGCUCACCACACUUCAAGACAAGAUGGUAAUGAUGAGGCAGAAAAAGAAGAGGAAGGAAUGGAAGAUGAUGGAGGUGAUUAUAAUGAUGAUGACGAUGGAAUGCCAGAGAUGAAAUCAAGGAAAGCACCAGCAAUUCACAUCAAACCCAAAAAAGAAGUUAUAACCUCAGCCUUUCCCAGCAGCCAAACAAGGAAGAAUCCAUUUAAGAGGACCAGCUCUGAGACUCAAGUUGCAAGCAAAGGAAGUAGUGUCUUUGAUGGAAUGAAGAAAACUACCAAGUUGAAAGCCAAGAGUCCACCUGAAAAACCAUCGGAACCAAAGCAGAAAAAAGGCAAGACACAGUCCACCCUUUUUGUCAACAUGAAGUCACCCACACCAAAGGAGAAAGAUGAGAAUGUAAAGGAAGUAGUAGAAGAAUCCACUCCAUCCAAAAAAACACCAUCAGCCUUUUCCUACUGGCUGUCAGAGAAUCGAUCCAGUCUUGCUGAAGAAAAUGCGGAGCUGUCUGAAUCUGAUCUGAUAAAGCUGGCCACACAAAGAUGGCGAUCACUUCUACCAGAAGAAAAGAAGGAAUGGGGAGCUAAAGCAAAACUCUUGGUUCAAUCCUCUGAAGCAGACACUGAACCUAAAGAAAAUGCCAUCUAAGAAAUGACUGAACUCUCCGAGGGAAAGAAACGUAAACUACCUCAAGAUGGUGAUGUCACACAGGGGUCAGAGAAAAGGGUCAAAGGUCAGAUGAAAUUGAUAGGUCAAGACAGUGGUGUAGUCAAGAAGCCACUGGUGUCAUCAACUAAUUCCAAGCUGGUUGGUUUUGCAUUUAAAAAAGGUGAUUAGAUGAGUCCAUAGUCAACAGUGAUUGUAGGAAUUGAUUAUCUUCAUUUCAUUUAGUCAUUAUUUGAUUAAAGAAAUCAUUCAAUUUGCCUCUGGAAUCCUUUAUGGAUAUUAAUGAUAUCAACCUGUAGCAACCUGUAAUUCGAAUGGUGGAAUUGAUUUGUUGCCUUGUGUUUGCCAAGUCAUUUUAAAUUCAGAACUGACAGCAAAAUCUGAUACUUUCAAAAUUGUGCAGAGGGUGUUGUGUUGUCAGUGAUGAAUUGUCAAUGUUCAACUUGAUGCUGAAAAGUACAUGUGAAUCUUAAUGAAUCAACAAAGAUUUUUGAAGUGUGAGAAGUCCAUUUUUGUCAUUUUCAUGAGCUUACAAACCAUACGCUGGGGGAGGGGUUUAUUGGCUAUGUGUGCUUUAGAAACAUGUUAAAAAUGACAAUUAUAAACUGGCCAUAAGUUAUGCUUCCUGCUGCUAUAUGUGCGCAGUCUGGUUGGAGUUUCAACUCCUGUUGCACACAUGUUCAGGUUCCAAAUCAAGCGCAAUGGAUGGUACAAGUGUAGAUAAUCGUCAUGUAAAGAAAAUGGCCCACACUUGUGCGUGCGUGCGAUGCGUAUUGGACGAUAUACAUGUAUAUAGGCCUAUCAUAUGUUUCUUGCCAGUAGCAAGUUGAAUUCUGAGCAUACCAGGUGACUUGCUCUGAUGUCAUAGACAUUGUUUUUCCUCCUGCCACUGUUCUCCCAGGCUCCAGUUGUCCACUGCAGAUUAAUAGCCUUGCAUUGUGAGUGAGAAUGGGGCCUCAGGCACCACAAAAAAAAAAAUAUUUUGUACUCUUUCACAGGGUGGGGGGGCGCAGGAAAGAGUACUCGGUACUCUUGUGAAAAUUACAAAAAUAGAUGACCCCUUAGUUUUUAAUCCAUUUUUAACAUGCUCACAAAUGUUUGCUUUUUCCAAGACAGUUUUUCUUUGAAUUGUGCUCCACACAUGGGCCAUGGUGCAUGAUAGUGCAAACGAUAAAUAAUCCUUGGUUGGAUUGAAUUAACAUUUUUAUAGAAACUGAUUGUGGGACUAACCCCAAUAUACUGUGGCCUGUUUGGGGUGAAUACACAGGGCACUUUGUAGCCAAGACCUGAUGUUCUUGGAUAAAAUGUUUAGAAAAACUGUGGAACUCAUCCCAAGGAAUGUAUCCAUCAAGCAAAGAUAGUAUGUUGGAUGAAAAUUGUUCUGUUGGGUUUACAAGAUGCUCUUCUUGAUGAUGACCAACCUGGACCUAUUCUGAAAAGUUCGAGAUCACACUAAUAUAUUUUUACUGUCUCAACCAUACCAUGUAGUUCUAUGUACAAAACAUGGUAUUAUUAUUAUUCUUCUUCAACCUGUUUAUCAGCAGGUGUAUCCUCUCAGUUGAAUUACUUUAACUGUUUCUGCUGUGAAGUAACCUUGUCUUUUAUUUCCAAUAUGUGCAUGUACAGUAGAACAUAAGUGGAAACCUUUAUACUGGUAAGAAACUGAAAACGUUUUUCAAGGUGGAAGGAGGAAAAUAAAUACCAAGAAAAAUUUGGAACCAAUACAUUCCUAGAAUAA